AUGGCAGCAAAAAUAUUAAAUUGCGGUAAAAACAAGAUUUGGCUUGACCCAUCUUCUAAAAAUCAGAUUAAUCAAGUUAGCACUAGAGAUCAAAUUCGUCAGUUAAUAGACGAUAAUGUUAUUAUUAAAAAACUUGAUAAAUACAAUUCCAAAGGUAGAUCUAGAAUUUACAAAGAAGCUGUUGCUAAAGGAAGACACAUGGGAUUGGGUAAAAGGCUUGGUACUGCUAAUGCCAGGCUUAACAAGAAGACUUUAUGGAUUAAAAAGAUUAGAGUUAUGAGAAGAGAAUUAAAAAGCAUGAAAGAAGAAGGAAAGAUUAGUACUGAGGAAUACCAGUUGUUUAGAAGAAGAGCUAAAGGUAAUUUAUUUAAAAAUAGUGUGGCUAUGAAAGAGCAUAUUGCUAAAAAGCAGGCUGCAGAGUUACGUAUUAAGGAACUAGAAGAACAAGCUAAGGCGUUAAAAAUGCAAAAGAGUAAGUAA